AUUGGUCCUUAUUUUUAUGUUCUAACCAUCAGGUACACUGCAUUUUCCGAGCUGUUGCCUCUUCUGGCAGCAGGCACCACUCCUUUGUUGAAGGUUGAAAGGAUUUGCCAAGUAAUUAACACUAGAAGCCUUGAGAUAGAGAACUAUAUCACAUUCUCCAGCCCUUUUGCCACUUUUUCCUCCAGUACCAUUGCCAGCUUUGAAGUUCGAACUCCUUCAAGAAUACACGUUGAAUUUAAGGAAGGGAUCGUGCAGCCCCCAAAGGUCAAGUCGAGCAUUGAUUUGCCAGGGUAUCUUGAUAUUUUUGGGCAGAGAAUCGACUUGUCUCCUGUGCAGCAAGCUCUUAAUCCUCUGCAAGAGGUGGUGGCGAAUGUAGCUCGUACUAUUUCUGGUCAGUCUCCUCUUAAGGUUCCCAUUCCAGGCGAGCGAACAAAAUCGUGGCUUCUUACUACGUACCUCGACAAGGAUCUUCGCAUCUCAAGAGGAGAUGGUGGCCUUUUUGUGCUUGCUAAAGAAGGGAGUCCUCUUCUAUAUCAGUAACCGACGGAUUGUGAUUUCUAAAAUAGGUAUAUUUAUAUUUAUUAUUACCCGUUUGUGUUGUUGUGUUUUUGUAUAUCCAUGAUUAAAGAAUUACUUCUUUUCUUUCGAACCAACAAGAAGAAAAUAGAGAUUCAAGUUGUCUUGAUCUUGUUCUUAAUGUUCUUUUGGUUUUGAUACAACAAAGUCAAUAUAUAGAUGAUCAAAUUUGAUUUUUUUU